AGAAAUAGGAGAGAGGUAGAAACAGAAGAGAGAGAGAGAGAUAGGGAGAGACAAAGGGAAAGAAAUAGGAGAGAGGGAGUGGGAGACACAGGAAAGAGAUUAAGUACAACUGUGAGACAGACGGAGAGGAGUUUGAGGGAGAUACACAAACAGAAAGUUAUAAAAGAGAGAGAGAUUGAAACAGAAGAAAUAAAAAUAAAGGGGAGAGUGAGCAAAGGCGAAGGAAUUAGAAACACAGCCUCCCAGGCUGGGCUGGAAACGAGUUGGGGCAGUUCCUGAGGGUGGGCAGGGAGGAGGAGCAGCAGAUCGAGGCAGAAACACAGAACACCUGUUUGUGAACUCAAUUCCACAGGCUCAGGGUAAAGAGCCCUCAGCUACAGCUCGCUCAACAGUUGCCAUUUUAUAUACUCCCCUCUCCCCUGAUCGGGAUUAGGAGCUGCACAAACGGAUCAGGUUUCACAGCACAGGCAGUGUCGAAUAUCAUCACUUUGAGUCACCAUUCUGGAACAUUCCAUCCUCUGUCCGAGGGUCGGCACGUUUGCGAGGCACUGAACUAACUUCCCUCUCAGUGUAUUCCAGGACAAUGUCUCGUGGCUAAAAUCGAAGGAUAAACACGGUGACCCCCCCACCACCCACCGACAGGGGACAUGGAGGUCAAAGGUUCCCUGAUGACGAUGGCGACUGGCAACGUCGGCAUGACCACAGGUUGUCAGCGCUAUACAAAGGCAGUGAAGCUGAAGACGGAGAGGAUGAGGGAAUUGGCUGAGCGACAGCAGGCAAUCGAGGAGACGCUGAGGAGGAAAAUGGUGGAGCUGAGGGAGCUCUGCCUGCGGGAAGCUGAACUGACGGGAAUGUUGCCCUCAGACUACCCGCUGGCCCCUGGCGAAGUGGCCCCUCUUGUGGUGCGCAGGGUGGGGUUCAUGAAGAGAUUACCAACUCCCACCAUAAAUCUGGAAGAGGACACUCAGCUCAUCGACCUGGAGCACCGGUUUGCCAAUGCCAAUCAGGGGCUGAGCGUCAGGACAGAAUUCCCAGAAGGGGAGCCAGCGAGGCGGAGUCACGGGUACCAUCGCUGGGCACUGACGGACAACACGAAGAACGAGACCCAGAGAGCAAUGAUCUACCCACACGACUUCACGACCACACCGUGCGGUGACCGAACGACGGUGCCCUGUGCCCGCGACGCCGGCAGAAGCGGGCAGGCCCUCGGCUGGAGCCAAGGCUGGACGCUGUUGCCGCCAGACGUCUACUGCCAGGCAAAGGGGCGCCGCAGGUCCUACGCCAACCCCGCCAGGUUGCUACAGAGAAGCAUGUCUGGGAUGGAAAGGAGUGUACCAUCUUCACCCAUCAUUUACAGGGACAGGUCCGGGCAGUACAGGUAUCUGAGCUCAGUACCGCGUUUCCCGGACGCUGCUUCCUCGCGGGUCGAGGUAUCGAGUGACGCAGGCAGCGAGCGGCCGGCUCUCCGCCACAGUUCCCAGCGUAGCAGCAGUUCGGAGACACUGAGCGACGGCGCUGCCUUCGCCCGCCCCAGCCGCCGCUCGCUGGGGGGGGCCAGCGUCUCCGGGAGACAGAGCGGCCGCCCCGGGCCCCAGCCGGCUUGUGGGCACGAUCCCGAGCGCCAGCCAGUGCUGGGCUCCAAGGCGGGGGGCAGCGCCCACCGCAGGGGGUCUGGCAAGCCGGUCGACCGGGACAUCCACAGGGCGCUGGCGCUGGAGGGGCUGCGGGCCUGGUAUAUGCGGGCAGCCGUGUACGGGAACCAGCAGGAGCAUGCCACCCCAGUCUGGGACCGCCCUGGGUUGCGUGGCACAGGUGCCGUGCGACCCAGCUAUUCGUUGAUGACCCCUCAAGCAAACUGGGAGGCCUGCCGGAGAUCAACGAGGACAUCCCAACAGGUUGGGGUCACGACACGAGGUCGCUGGUAUGACCCACCUUGCUGAUUGGACGGCGGAAGAGGCAAGGGUUCGGACGAGGAAGCUGUGGGCACAGGGCAGGCAUGGUCUUAGCUGUUGCUGUGAGAUGGGGCUCCCAGUUGGUCUGUUGUGUGAGCAGGGGGCAGGGGUGAUGGAGGGUUUGAGGGGAAUUGGACUGACAGACAGAGAUCCUCAUGCCACAGAGAGAGAAAUUAACCCUCUGUGUGGGAGGGAGGGGUGUCUUGUUUACUGUGGCCUUCACCUUGGUGUAAAAUAUGCAGCCUUUAUAAAUGUACCAUGCCAACUUACUCCAUACCUGCUCCCAGAGCCUGCCAAGCUCCUGUUCCCUUAACCCCACUCCUUUCCCCUUACUCCAUUCCUGCCCCCCCUUUAAUCCACUAAAGCACCCAUUACCCCACUCCUGCCCGCUUACCCCACUCCUGCUCCCUUUAUCACACUCCAGACCCCUGACCCCUCUCCAGUGCCAUCUAACCCACUCCCUGUCCUCCUUUUUUUAACCCCACUCCUGUCUUCUUUAGCUCACUCUGGUUCCCUCACCCCCUCCAGAUCCUUUACCCUCUCCAGUUGCCUCAACACCCCCCUUUCCUGCUCUCUCAUCCUACUCCACAUCCCUCACCCCACCUGUGCCCCCUCCACCCUGCUCCUGUCCCCUUUAACCCACCCGAGUGCCCUUACCCCACUCCUGCCCUUCUGCUCUAGCCCUAUUUCUUUCUCCAGCCCUGGGUGAUCACCCACACCCACACCUUUUACCCCCUUGCUCAGCGCUGUUUAUUUUCCCUCACAGAUUAUCACCAGGGCACUUUCACUGAUCGCUUCUAACGCCAACUCACUGGGGGCACAGUCUCCUGCAUGCGCCACCCAGCCCCAAAUCCCUGUACCGUUUCACAUUCCCCAUGUGUGGCACUGAGUCCCAAGAACAGGUUGCUCUCCUUGGAGAUGUCCUCUCUCACCCCAAUGCGGGCAUUGGUGGUGGAUGGCAACCGCGUGUGAUAGUGUGUCCUGGCCGUCUGUGGGUGAGGAAUGCCCCAGGGAUGGGAUAGUAAGGGGAAGGCAGCGGGCGAGAGAGACACUCCUGCCCUAGUUGCUACAGUGUGUUUGGGUUGGGCACCUGGCGCUAAGUGAGUUGGCAUCUUCUCGGGAUGGGAGGGGACGAGGGCUAAUGUUACACUGCCUCCCCUGACAUUCCAUGACCCUCCAUGACCUCGCCCCCACCCAUCCCCCCCCUUCUCAAUGUGGGCAUUGUUGAUACAGAGAUCGCAGUGUGGCAGAUGUUUAGGAGGCGAGGCGCAUUGUCUGCUUGGCACUUGCCUGGAAGUAUCACCGUCAUUUCCAACCCCACAGAAUGUGGUCCGAGUCCAUCCUUUCACAUUCCCGCACCCCCCCCAACCGUUUCUUCCAUCUCCCCACACCCCCUACCCGCAACACUGCCAGGUCCUGCCUCCGUCACCUGACUAAAUGCCCCAGCUGUCCUCCCAGCUCAUUGUGCCACCCUGGUCCCAACCCCACGCACUCCGAAAAUGUGCCACCAGCAAUGAGGUCAAAAGUUAUCUAAACUUGGCUAUUCCACUGGGUCUGUGUUGAGUUCUUUAGUCAUAGUUCAAAGCUGGAUAAGAAAAUGAACUGCUUACUGUAAUUAAUAUUGUAUAGAGGAAUACACUGUAACACCUUUUUUCAAACUAAAACUCUUGUAUAUGUAGUGUACAUUUUCAUGGAUAACCUUUGUGAGAAUCUCCUUAAGUUUAUAACCAAUAAAUUUCUAACCUGCA